AUGAUUCGUUACCGAGUGAUAGCGCUUGUUUUGAUUUUGCUGCUGAUAUACUUUUUCCGGCUAAUUAUGGCUUCCGGUGGUGACCGCAGUCAGUUCUACCAAAAUUGCCUGAAAUUUUGCUCCUUGGACAACUGCACGCAAUCCGGGGUUUCGUAUAAGCGGGAACUACAGUGGAAGCAUGACACCAUCAAUAAACUGCUGCUUUGGACCUGCUACGACGAGUGCGGGUACGACUGCAUGUGGAAGACGACGAACGCUUUUCACAAUCGAAAUUGGACCACGCCGCAAUUCUACGGAAAAUGGCCAUUCGUGAGGUUCCUCGGUAUGCAGGAACCAGCAUCCGUGCUGUUUUCCGUAGCCAACUUUAUUACGCACUACAAAAUGCUGCAGCGGUUUAAGCAAGAGGUGCGCACCGACAGCCCGAUGUACGGCACUUGGCGCGUAUUUUCCUACAUCUGUCUCAACGCGUGGGUUUGGUCUGCUUUUUUCCAUACGCGAGAUUUUCCCGUGACCGAGCUGCUAGAUUAUGCAUUUGCCUACUCGAUGGUUCUCGCCUCCUUCCACUGCAUGGUCAUGCGCAUGAUACACCGCAUGUCGAUCGUGGUGCGCGCUGCAUUCAGCUUCUUGUGCGUGUUGUUCUUUAUCAAUCACUUUUCGUAUCUUAGCGUCGGGCGGUUUGAUUAUUCGUACAACAUGAAAGCAAAUAUCGUGACCGGAAUGAGCGGAGCAUUAGGAUGGAUUUUGUGGUGUUUUCUGCAGCGCAAGAAGCGCCGAUACGUUUGGAAGUGCUUUAUAUUUAUCGUUCUGGCAACAUCGUCUCUGCUGCUGGAAAUAAACGACUUCCCACCGAUCUUCUGGACGUUCGAUGCGCAUUCGAUUUGGCAUCUGGUAACGGCACCGCUUACAAUACUGUUUUAUAGUUUUAUCAUCGAAGACUGUAAAACGUUGCGAAAAGAGCUAGUAGACUAUGGAGAUGAAGAGAAUCGCAAGUUGCUAUAA